AUGGAUCGAAUGAGGCCGGUGUAUGUUAGGCAGAAGAGCAAUUCCAGUGGUGCGCCGGGAACACCAAGCUCUCCUCUGAUGGCCUCUCCGACAAUGCACCACCAUUCAAGGUCGGGAUCCGUCGGAAUGACUGGUGGCAAGAAAGCACAGAACACUAAAGCCGCGGCACAAAGGCUUGCACAUGUCAUGGCACACAAACCCACCACCGAUGACGACGAUGAGGAUGACGAUGACCUCUCUUUUGAUCUCGGCUUGUCAAGCGGCGGCGGCAUCGGACUUGGCGGUAGUGGGAGAGCAAUCCGGCCUCGCUCUCCAAUAUCAGCUCGUACUGUUCAAGAAUCAUCCUCAUCUGCGAGGACACCAGUACCAGGUGGUCGAUCAGCUCUAUCAGUCAAGACCGCCCGCUCUGUGGAACAACCAUCAUCAACUUAUCCAACGCCAGCUAUGCGACCAUUUCAAUCCAACAACUCUGUGGAACCACCAUCUUCAGCUUAUACAGCACCAGCAAGCCGGCCAUCUCAGUCCAUAAAUACUAGACCAACCAACUCUUUAGAACAAUCACCAUAUUCCGUUCGUUCUUCAAUAAAUCAUAGAUCAUCUCAGUCGUCUUCCAACAUUGUUGAACAACCUGGUUCCGCUCGUUCUACAUCAGGCAUUAGCUCCUUAGAUUCUCUUCGUCCUUCAUUAGGUACACGAUCAUCUCAGAGUAGUAGUAACAAUGAGCAACCAAACUCUGCUCGUUCUAUGGCAGCGGCAGCAGCACGUUCACAGUUUGGAACCAAGCCAGUCCGCAUGGUACCGGCUACUGUACCUAUAACACUUAGGCCGUCCCCUUCUGCAGAUACUCCCGCUGAGACUAGGAGAGAUCCACCAGUUCCUAUAUUACUAAGGCCACCUUCUUCUGCGAUGCUAUCUUCUGAUGGUUCAGGUGAAAGUCGGAGAGAUAGAAGGUUGUCGAUGGAUUUAAGUAGUCUGAACCUACGAGACACUGGAUCGCAGGAUUCUUCUGCCUUGCAAGACGAGCUUGAUAUGCUACAAGAAGAAAAUGAUAGUUUACUUGAAAAGCUUCGACUUGCAGAAGAGAGGAUUGAGGAAACAGAGGCAAGAGCUCGGCAGCUUGAGAAACAGGUUGCUAAUCUUGGAGAAGGUGUAACUUUGGAAGCUCGUCUUCUAAGCAGGAAAGAUUUGAAAAAGGAGGCAGCACUGCAGCAAAGGGAGGCUGCUUUGAGAGUGGCAGCACAAACUCAUGAUGACAGAAAUGAUGAAGCUGAGUCUGAACUGCAAACAAUUCGGAUCAUGACCCAGAGAAUGAUACUGACUCGUGAAGAGAAGGAAGACGUUGUUUUGAAGAGAUCUUGGCUUGCUCGGUACUGGAGUUUAUGUGCUGAACACGGUAUACAUGCUGAAAUUGCUACAGCACGACACGAAUUCUGGUCAUCUCUUGCUCCUCUUCCUGUUGAAGCUGUCUUAGAGGCUGGAAAGAAAGCGAGAGAGCAGACAGUUGAGGAGAAAAACGAUGUAUUUGAAAGGGAGCAUAGUCCAAGGGAUUUGAAUGAACUCUCAGGAGAGGGAAAUAUUGAGAACAUGCUUUUAGUGGAGCAAGGCCUGCGUGAACUAGCAUCAUUGAAGGUAGAGGAUGCAGUGGCAAUUGUAAUGGCUAAACAUCGACACCCCAGUUCAAAAUCUGCUUCAUCAGGUGAAGUAAAGGUACCAGCUGAGGGACAGUUUGAAGGUUUUGAAUUGAGCAAAGAAGAGUGUGAUGAUGUGUUCUUCAAGCAGGCUUGGCUUACAUACUUCUGGAGAAGAGCAAAAAAUCUUGGACUAGAAGCAGAUAUAGCAGAUGAUCGUUUGCAAUUCUGGAUGAACCGCAACAUCCAGCAACCUACUUCACAUGAUGCAGUUGAUGUUGAACGUGGUCUCCUGGAGCUUAGAAAGUUGGGAAUCGAAAUCAAACUAUGGGAAAAAUCGCGUAAAGGGCUUGAGCAUGAUACGAUUCCUAAAACACGCCCGUCUGACUACUGAUACAACUGAGCUUACUGGAAUUUGCUGCA